AAUACGUAUAAUGACGUUGUGUAGCACGUGAUGCACGGUACUCGUGGUGGAGGUGUUGGUGUUGGUGGUGGUGGUAUGGGUGUUGUGACCACUCCUAAUAGUAAUGGCGGUCGAACGAUACCAACAUCAGUGACAUCAUCAUCGCUAUCUUCAAAAUCACAAUCAUCAGUAACACAAUCACCAUUAAGUACAACAACAAUUAGCGCAAAUGAAUUAAUCAAACGUGAAUUUUAUGCAACUUAUGACGUAAUGACUGGUAUACGAAUUGCAGCGACAUUGGGAGGCUUCUUUGGCUUAGUUGUAAUAUUAGUUGUAUAUAAAUCAAAAUCAAAAACUGAGAAAGCGCUCAAUGAUCCAUAUCUGGCAGCUGUGGCAGCUGAAGCCGUUGCAGAAGCUGAAGCUGAUUUACAAGAGGAAGAGAUGGCGUUACAAGCAGCAUUAGAAGCUACUGCAGCAUGGUCGUGUAAUCCACGUGCAUCACGUACCGCACGCCAAAGUUUAGGUAAUAUGAGUGCACCAACAAUGUGGGCACAUAGUCCACGAUUCUCAUCAGUCGGAGGUGGCUAUGCAAAUUUACUAACACCACCAACUCGUGCACAAACAUACGGACCUAAAAGUUUACCAGGCUCAGCUUUACGAUUUCAUACACAACCAUCGUGUAAGGAACUAGAUGAUGAUGAUGACGAUGACGACGAUGCUGACCAUGAUCGAGGAGGUGGUGCGGAUGAUGAUGCGUUUGAUGAAUUCGACGAUGAUUUUCAGUUUUUAAAUGUAAAUAAACGUAAUUACCGUAGAUGUAGCAACAUAACAUGUUCUAGUUCUGAUAGUAGUUAUCUAGAAAGGCGUGGCAGUGCUGUUGUUGGUUUGCCUCCACCCCCGGCAUUACCAACGAGUAGACGACGAAGUUCUGCUGAAAAAUGUUGGGAUUUUUAUUAUCCAAUUGACAUUCAAGUAAUUCAACCAACACCUGAUAUGUCACCAAGUAGUAGUGAACGAUGUGUAUUAUAUGAUACUGUCCCGGGUGGUGGAGCUAUGACCGAUGUAAAUCGAUUACAAGCUGCAAAUUUAACUGUGACAGGAUCAUCAUCAUCUGGUUUAGUGGUUCCUUCACGUUUAGCGCCUUUGGCUACAAUUAGUAGUUGUGCUAGUUCAGUGUUAGGUACAGAAUUAGAUCAACGAUCCGAACUUGGAUCGGAUUCUGUAUUUAUGGACGAUGAUAAUUAUUGCUAUGAUACAGAUGAUGAAGUUACACAAUUUAGUACUGAUAGUAGCGAAGAGAAUUUAAUAACAACAGAUUUACAAUUGCAAGAAUAUAGUGGUCGACAAUUACAACCAUCGUUAAAACGACAACAUUCUUGGAAACGGCGUGCAUCAGCUCCAUUACAACGACGAAAAAGUAUUACACAGCAACAACAGCAACGUUUAAUGAAAAAUGCAGAAUCAAUAAAUUUAUUAAAUAAUGGUAGAUCUGAUUCAUUAAAAUUAAUAUCAAAAUCAUCAGAAAAUAUUCAAUUACGAUUAUCAUCAACGCGACGUUUAAAUACAAACUCUGGAAAUUUAUUAAAUCGUAUUGCUGAAACAAGUUUAUUAAAUAAUCGUGUCGCCGUUGCCACAGUUAGUAACAACGAUUUUAAGCCUAAUACAUCUAUUACAACACCUGUCAAAAUAGCUCAAAGACCACCUUAUCCUUUACCCUCCCAAUGUACAAUUGAUGCAUCAUCCACAAAUGUAAGUGAUACAUCAACAUUAGUUGCAACUACUUCACAUUUAAGUGAUGAUAAUACAACACAAUCGUGUAGUUUAAAUAUGCCGCCAACACUUUAUAUGGUGAGUAGUCCAUCGACUACGUCAUCGCAACAAAAGAUGAAUAAAAAUAAAAAAUCUAGUUCAUUAGUAAAUAUUGAAUUAGGUGCAUCACAAGAGACUUUAUUCUAAAUUUUUCUGUUUUGUGAUUGAAGAAGAAGCAGCUCUGUUACGCCAGCGACGCAAAGUACGGAAAUCACAUUUAAAAAAUACUAGAAUUAUGUACUUUUUAGGUGCUAAUUAGGAACCAUAGUCAGAAAUUAGGUGUUCUGUAACUUACACCGCAAAUCAAUACUCGAAAAUUGCGU